AAGCCAGAGACGCGAUAAUGGCAGACAAGAAAAGAAGCGUGGUAUGGUGUUAUUUUUCACCAGUCGACAAAGCCACGGCGCGGUGCGAACUGUGUGACAAACAAGUGCCACACAGCAGCAACACCAGCAAUUUAUUCAAACAUAUGAAGACCACACAUCCCGAGAGCCACAGCGAGCUGGUAAAAAGACAGGCUCACGCUGCUGUGAAAGAACCUGCACCGCCACCCGCAGCCCGGCAGAAGACCCUGCACGAAAGUCUGCAAAAAAGCCAAGUGUAUCCAGAUGAGUCUCAAAGAGCACGUGAGAUCACAACAAGCCUUGCCAAAAUGAUUGUGAAGGACUUGCAACCCAUUUCAAUAGUAGAGGACCAAGGUUUCCGGCAUUUUAUGAAGGUGGUAGAUCCUCGAUACCAGAUCCCUAGUCGGAAAUCCAUGAUGACAGGUGAAAUUCCCAAACUGUACGAGCAUGCACAAAAAACAGUAAAGGACUCCAUGCAAUCAGCAAGCAGUGUGGUUUUAACAACCGACAUGUGGACUGCAAGAACCACUGAAGGUUAUUUGACUCUGUCAGGACAUUUUAUUGACAAAGACUGGCAGAUGCAGUCUUGCAAUCUUGCAACAAUCCAUGUAGCUGUGCAGCACACAGCAGACAAUAUAUCUGAACUCCUCAAAAAAACAACUGAUGAAUGGGGCAUCACCAGUAAGGUUCAUGCGGUUGUUACAGACAAUGGAGCCAAUAUGGUCUCUGCUGUGCGUAAAACUUGUUGGAAACAUAUUCCUUGUUUUUCUCACACACUCAACCUCAUUGUGAAGGACUCCAUUAAGGCUGACACAAGUCUUGAGUCCAGCUUGGAGAAAUAUAGUGCCAUUGUUCGGUUCUUCCAUCACAGCACCAGAGCAACUGACAAGCUAAAAGAAGUACAAAAUCAGUUGAAUUUACCACAGCAUAAACUAAUCCAAUCAGUGGAUACUAGAUGGAACUCUGUGUUGUACAUGAUUGACAGACUGUAUGAGCAACAACAAGCCAUCACAACAACACUUUGUCUUCUCGGGAGAAACAACAUGUGCCUAUGUGAUGAAGAAUGGUCCCACAUCAGGCAGGCCAGUGAUGUCCUCAGGCCUUUUGAAGAGGCCACCAAGGAGGUUUCAGCAGAGCAGUAUGUCACGAUUUCCAAAGUCAUACCUCUGGUCUGUCUUCUUCUCCAGAAAGUAACCACAUCUGCUGACCAGGGUAACAGUCUGGCUUCACAACUUGCUGCACAAUGCAAGCGAAGGUUCCAAAACAUUGAACACAACCACACUCUUGCAGCCAGCACCUUUUUGGACAUUCGCUUCAGAAACAUUGUGUUCAGUGAUUCUGCAAAUGUGGAGAUGAUUAAAUCACGGAUCAUCACAGAAAUGCAAGCCCUGGCCUGCGCUGAAACACAGUCAACGAGACAUGAGGCCGCCGCGACUGCAUCAACUGUGACACGAGUCACCUGCUGA